AUGCCAUUGCGAAAAAAAUUUAAAUUAGAUAUAGAUGUACCACAUAAUAUAAAAACUAAUGAAAAAUAUAAGGAAAUCUCACAAAGAUUUCAGUAUGCCCUUGUAGAAUAUGAUGAGACUUUUAAAAAGCAUAAAUAUACCACAGAUACACAUCGUGAAUGUAGAGGUUUAAACUACUUUUUAGAUGAUUUAAGAGAUGAAUUCAAUGAACACAUUGUUCCUUUAUGGUCUCCAAGUAAAAGAGAAAACUACUGGAACAAAGAAGUGGAAAAUAAAUUGUUGAAGAAUUUACAAACAAAAACUGGAAAUAGUUGCGCAAGAAACCCUACACAUUAUAAUAAAGAAAUAAGGAUAUUAAGAAAAGAAAUGGAAGAUUAUUGUGAUGAAAGGGAUGUACUAAAAGGUGAAUUGCAUAAAAUGAAUAUACUUGAAGAGGAAAAAUGUAAAAGGUUUAGAUACUGGAUGAUUGACAGCUUGGUGAAUUUUUGGAAUGACUAUUACUGGAGAAAAUAUAUUAGAUAUAGUUCUAUGAUUGAACCUUUUCAAAUUGAUGAUAAUUGUGAUGUUGUCACCUUGUUUGAUAGCCCUUUCCAAUGUGAACAUGGCAGACAUUUUAGGGAACAUAUUCCAGCACAUAUUCGACAUAACUACAAACCUAAUGAUGAAUAUGUUCUUCCUGUUAAUAUAGUACCAACAAAUCAGAAAGAUGUAACUAUUCUCCAAAGCAAAAAAAUAACACCUUAUGUAGAGCAUGAACAUAAAGAAAAUAAAACUUAUGACAUUCCAGAAUUGGAAGAAGCUCCAGUUAUACCUGAUUCGUUAUAUUUUUAUAAAACUUCUACAAGUCCAAAUAGUCAGAGCAUAAAAGAGCUAGGUAAAAAAGAUCAAACAGUAAAAAAUGAAUAUAGAGGAAUUCAACGAAGUAAAAUAGAUGUCACUAAACCUAUAAAUGAACAACAAAAACAAGCAAUUCUUUUGUCAUUACAGAAUACUGUUGUUUCUCCUGCUUCUGCUAAUCAUUCUAUGUCUCCUCAUUCUUCUAAUCCUGCUGUUUCUACAACUUCUGUUCCUGUUGCUUCUUCUACAGCAGUUAAUUCUGUACUUUCAAAUUAUCUUGUUGUAGAUAAUUUAUUAGCGGUACUUUCUGCAGGAUCCCAACAAGUCAAAAAUAUACAAAUACAAGAAAGUGGAGAUCAUAUGCAAAAUUCACUUCAUACUAUCUCAAGACAUAAUUCAGCUCAUACUGAAAACAAAUCUAAGAGUGCACAUGAAGAAGAUACGUCUAUAUUUCAAUACUCUUCUGUUAUCCCAGUUCUUGUAGGCUUUAUCACAGUUAUUUUCCUUCUUAGUAAGUAUACUUCUUUUGGACUACUAUUUGGUAAUAAAAAAAAGGAAAGACAUCACAAAAAAUUGCAGGAAAUACGAUUAAAACCUACCCAUUUGGAAAAAACUAGUAACAUCAUAGAACACGAUAAUUUAGAAGAUACCAAGCAUGACAUGUAUGAUAAAUAUAUAAUGUACAGAAGAGGAAAACAUAUAUAUACUCCAAAAAAAAAAAGAAAUCUAAAGAAAACCAUUAUAGAUAUACACUUGGGAAGUAUUAG